AUGUAUUCGGAGGCUUUCAAAGUCUGCGAAGUCUACCAGGAGCAUGGCGUAUUCCGAACCUAUCAAACCAUUACUGACAUUCUUCUGACAUUCUGUGUUCUAUACAUGAACGAUUUUGUCCGCGUAAGACUGGCCUCGAAUGCAAGCAUGCAGGCAUUAUGGCCCUAUCACACCUAUCGUCCGGUCACUUGGGACCGAUACUACGUCAAUGAGCACCAUGAAAAACAUCCGUCGGUGAGCAGUGGUGUGGCCGCGGGCGUUACAAUAGGCAUCUUUUUCAUAGUCUUUCUUUUCACAUUCGGUUGCCGUAUCUAUAGCCAAUACGCUGAUCGAUCACAAUCACAAAGCCCACAAACGCAAGGCGAUCUUGGACUGCCUGAUUGA